AUGGCUCCCCCAACCGCAACAGACACCAUCACCAACACCGUCACUAUGCAAGCCCCGCAAUCAUCCCAAGCGGAAGGCGCCGAAAAAGCUAAGAUCAAAAUGCAAAUGCCCAGCAUGCCCGUAUUUGAAGAUAAGAUGAAAGAGCGCGAAUAUCUCAAGGGCCGUCUAGCAGCUGCAUUCCGGAUCUUUGGCGACAAGGGAUAUGACGAAGGUGUCGCUGGACACAUCACCGUCCGUGACCCGGUUGACCCAUCAACCUUCUGGGUGAACCCCUUCGGUACGGCAUUCAAGCUGAUGAAAGCCUCGGAUUUGAUCCAGGUUGACCAUGACGGUAAGGUUAUCGACGGUGGACCGAAUCGGAUGUUGAACGCUGCCGCGUUUAUGAUCCAUUCGGCUAUCCAUGCGGCCAGGCCGGAUGUGAAUUGUGCGGCGCAUAGUCAUAGUCUUCACGGGCGGGCGUUUUGCUCACUUGGCCGACCGUUGGAUAUUAUUUCGCAGGAUGCUUGCGCUUUCCAUAAUGACUUGGCACUUUAUAACUCCUUCAAAGGUGUCGUGCUAGCCGAAGAAGAAGGCCAGAAUAUCGCCAAAGCACUUGGUAACAAGAAGGCUGCGCUUCUCCAGAACCACGGUCUUUUGACUGUCGGCAAUACCAUCGAGGAGACAGUAUUCUGGUUCGUCAGCCUGGAGAAAUGCUGCUACGCACAACUCCUUGCGGACGCUGCGGCGACCGGCCGAGGCGGACAGACCGUCAAAAUCGACGAAGCGGACGCCGCUUUCACGUACAAAACCGUUGGGACUCCCAAAGCCGGCUGGUUCAGCGCAAAGCCCCUAUUCGACGUGAUCCACGCAGAGACCAAGGGCGAGUACUUGGAAUAA